AUGAGUCGAUGUGCACUCGAAGGUUCACUUAGAGAAGAAAUAAAUAAGAAAAGAUAUAACUGGUUUAUUCUCUCACUCUAUAUAUCUAUCUAUCUAUCUGUCCUAGUCUCUUCAUAUCUAUCUAUAUGUCGAUCUGUCUAUCUAUCCGUCCUAGUCUCUUCAUAUCUAUCUAUCUAUCUAUCUAUCUAUCUAUCUAUCUAUCCGCUUUCCUUCUUUUUCCGAUUUUUCUUCUUCUUUCCUCGUUUUUCUAAGUUUUCUUCUUCCUUUUUGGUUCAUAUUCUUUUUCAUUCUUUCUUUAUUUUGUUUUUUAUUAUUUCUUCUUUUCUUUUUCUGUCUUUAGAUCUUUUCUUUUUUGUUUUCUUUGUUAUAAAUCAUCAUUCCUUUUUUCCUUUUUUAAAAGACAUUUUCUCUCUUUCUUUCUCUCUCUCAUUCUCUCUCUCAUUCUCUCUCCCUCUUUAUAAGUUUCAUUUUUUUCUCUCAUUUUUAAAUAUCUUGAUACCUUAUACUUUUAUUAUCUCUCUCUUACUUUCUUAA